AUGGCUCCCCACACAGCGCACACGCGUUCUGAUCCUCCUCAGCCGGCACAGCUACCUCUUCUUGAUCCACCUUCUCCACGGCCUUCUCGACUGGCAAAAACCCAGGGCCUGUGUUCGGUUCUUGCUGACGUGCCAGUCCAUGUGCUUGCGAUGCUCGUCUUGAGUUCGGAAACGGAGGCCGCAGGUGGUGCACUGUCUCGGGAGAUCUCCGUAAAGGGAGGUUAUCGUGGGCUCGUGACGGAUCUUGAGAGCGUCUUGAUCGAAAUCCACCCCAACAGAAGGCGGCCGUGCAGUGUUCUGCAGAUUUACGGGAAUUGGCAUUGGCCGGAAAUUAGGAAAUUGAGAUGUGCUUCCGGUGUUACCCAAAAGCUGAUCAGUGCGAAUUUGAUCAGCAAAAGCAUUGUGUGUGCCAAAUUGACCUCGGAUUUGCAUAUGCGGGGGAAUAGAGGGAAGCGAGGGCAUAAUUUGAGGGAUUCCAAGGUUUUGUUAAAGCUGAUGACUCGACGACUCGAACUUCGGGAGCUGAUGAGCUGUAGGUGGGAUUAUACGUCAAAUCCAUAUUUGGGAAAGGCUUCUGCAGGCCAGCUGUCGAAAAGCUUCUGGUUUCUGGUAGAAGACGGACUUCGUUCGCAUUUAAAUGGCUCUGAGCCAGAAAAGUCAAGGACUCCCGAGUAA